UGUAUUUAGAUAUCAAUACUAUUCAACUUGACAGAUAUCAUAAAAGAGACUUUAAAGUUAAAAAGAAGGUUACGAAGCUUAUGAAAGGUGAUGUAGGUGACAAAAUUGAUGAAAAGGUGACAAAACUAAGCCGACAAUUUAAUAUUUGGGCUCAGAUGUGGAAACAAAUAUAUAUU